AAACGCUUUUCAACACUUUUCCUUCGCGCCUUUUUUCUCGACCAGCACACUUUGCUCUCCGUUUUAAUGCCGAAAAACACAAGUAAAAUGAUUAAAAACGCCUGAUACGGAUACCGGAAUGCUGUGACCACUUGGAGAUCCUCCAGUACCGUUAGCUAGAGAAACGUGACCAACGCGGCGGCGCUCGUGCUACUGCGGCAGUGUGUGUGCGUGUGGGAGGCUAGCGAGAGUGUAUCAAAAUCCAGAAUCGAAACGAAAGAAUCGCAGCGAAGUUGCGAUCUUUUGAGUUUUGGCUUAAGUAUAAAUCUGUAUUAUUUCGUACAAUCCCGACGCUUCAACACUUAGAAAAAAACAAAAAGAAACCCACAAAAGACACCAAACACACUCACGCACACACACCCAACAAAAACAUGUACUAAAAGUAGAAAGAACAAACCCAGAAGCGAUCGCAGAAAAUGACCGAUGUAAAUUGUCUUACAAGCGAGCACAUUGCCACUGCGAGUAGUCCCCCAGGAACGCCACCGAGAAAUGCCGGCACGGAUCCGGUAGAGCCCUCAUCCCCGUUCGUGCUCCGUGCACCGCCCAGCGCCAAGUCCAAGCUGAUCCUCCAGAACAUGGAGGAGGUACUGCACUCGGUGAAGCAGAAGCAUCGCGAGAAGCACAAGCGGAAGCGCGAGGAGAAGCGCAGAGCCGCUCUCCUCGCGGAAAGUGGAAGUCAGGAGAAGCCCCACAAAGACUCGAAGCCGGACAAGGAGAAGCCGCAGCCGCUGCGGGAGAAGUCCUCGCAGGAAAAUGGCUUGAAGAACGGCAAGCGGCGCUCCAGUCCCCUCAAGUGCAGUACACCCGUGGCUGAUCACCAGAGCAUCAUGAAGCACUUUGCCAAGGCCGGCAAGCCGGAGAACGUGUCAGCCUCUCAGGUCCAGACUUCAGCGUCCGCUAAGUCCAAGCCAGCCACCAAUGUCUUCGAGUUCAUGAUGAAUGCCCGCAAUCGCUCCAUCGGCGUAAACGAAGGCGGCGUCGAGUCACCCGCUGAUCAGGAGGACGAGGGAAGCGGCGGCGGUGCCACGCCGCAAACGAAGCGGAAGCAGCUGCUCCAAGAGUGGAAUGAGCGCAAGGGCGGCGCUAAGCGGAGGCUCGCGGACGAAGCCCGCGGGGAGUUUAUCGAACUGCAAAUGGAACAAAGGGCCAAGAGAUUGAAGAAAAUGCUAACCAAGGCUGACCAGAAAGAGGUCUCGGCUCCUUCAUCAGCGCCCACUGAACCAGCGGUCAAACGUAGAGGCAGGCCACGCAGUCGCCGUCUCAGCUCCGUGGAUGCAGCUCCGGUGAUCAGCGUAGAAACCAAAAAGCCAGAUCCAGAAACAGAGGAGUUCCUCGCCAAGCUGUCUUCGCCCACCAAAAAGCGAGACAGCCUGCUGGGUUACUUUGCCAAGGUGGAAUCACCCAAGGAGAUAAUCGAAAAGCAUACCAUUGCGAUAGAUACUCCUCCUAUGGAUACGCCAAAACGAAGAACGCAGCGGAGGAAAAGCCAGCAGGAGACGCCUAAUGUGGGUGUGGAAUCAACGCCAUCGGGGCGACCACGCCGCUCCUGUGCUGGCAAGGCACGCUACGAUUACGAUCUGGAGACGAGUCCCGCCAAAACGGCUGCCAAGGGGAAAGUCCAAAAGGCCGAUGAAUCUGUGGAGAUCAUUGAUCUGGACAGCAGUAAUCCGGCUUCCACGCCAAAGAAACUCGCGCCGCUUUUUGUACGGCAGUUGCCAAAGCCAAGUCCGGAUCCCUCGGUCCUGAAGGCUCGCCAGGCUUUCCUGCAGUCCGGAGUUCCAGAUAAAAUCCGACAGGAGCAAAUCCGGCAGAAGAACCACGAGCAAAUGUACGAGGAGAGCUAUGAGGUGUUUCCCCGAGUGUCGCACGUUGGCUAUGAGAGUUAUGUAGCGGACGAUGAACCUCUGGUUUUACCCUUUGCCUUGAGGGAGGAGGAUGAAAGCACGGGAAUCACUACUAACACCUCAUCGUCUAUGACAAGCAAACGUCGCACAAAGACGAGUGGCUUCACCAGCUGUCUUCCAUCAGAUUUUACGUCCAGUAGAAACUCUAGCGCCAAGCGUGACUACGCCAUUCUGCCCCAGCUGGAGAACAAGCGAGGAUUCGUGAAGCUCUGGAAGAACGACUUUGACCGCUUUCCCACCUUCAAGUGCUACAAUCAGAUGCGGGAAAAGUAUCGUCACUUUAGCGCCAUUGACAGUUCAGACGAUACGCAGCAAGUGGGUGAAUCAUUUGUGGUUACACGCCGGUCGCGCCGAUCGAUGGAGCAGCGAUCCCUGGACCAGAAUGAUGAGGAGGCUAAGCCGCCCUCCUCGGCUCCCAAUGGCGAGCUGCUCUUCACCGAAAAGUACAAACCGCUGCUGUUCGAGCAGGUUCUGGUGAACCUAACGCCUGUUCAGGAGCUCCGAGAAUUCCUGGCCAGCUGGAGCGGUUCAGGUGGCAGUAAUCGCAACUCGCAGACCAUGGAUGACUCUACCUUUGAUUUUGGCAACGAUUCGAGCUCUGUGGGUGUUAAUAGCAACACAAUGGUGCUGGUGGGACCCUCAUCCAGUGGCAAAACCAAUGCUGUCUUCGCCCUGGCGAACGACAUGAACUUCAAUGUGCUGGAGAUCAAUGCGGGAAUGAAGCGGACGGGAAAGAAGCUGAUCCAAGAGCUCCAAGAAGCCACGCAGUCGCAUCAAAUCAGAAAGGAUAGCAAGGCGGCGGGCAGUGGAUCCUCGCAGCAGUUGCUCCAAAAGUUGCAAAAGAGCGGCCUAAAAGCCAAAGCCAAGGUCGUGGAACCUCCGUCGGAGGAGCGCAAGUCCCUGAUUCUUAUAGAAGAUGCAGACAUUGUCUUUGACAACAUGGAUGCUGGAUUUACGGAUGCCAUUUAUACCUUGGCAGCCAGUUCCAAGAGACCUGUGAUUGUGGUGGCCACCGAUCCAAAUAGCGCGCAUCUGCAGCGUCUGAUGCAACAGAAUCAGAUCCAUUUCCAAGCCCCGAACGCCCUUAACAUCUCCAGGUUCCUGGCUGUUCUGUCUCUGAUGGAGAACUGUCCCAUUGAGCUGGAUGAGCUGAUUUCUCUGUAUCUGUACAAUGCACAGAAUCUGCGAAAGACGCUGAUGGAGCUGCAGUUUUAUAUUCAAAGUGGUGGUGAUCCAACUGGCGGAAGAACGGCAGCCGUUAGAUCGCCGAGCAAGAGCUCACACAGCCGGCUAGCCACCGUCGAUGGCAGUCGCAUCCAUCAGCGAUUGUUUGAGUUCUUCACCAGUCCACAGAAUAUUCUGCACCGGAUACCCUUUCCCGUGGACUUUGGGCUGCUUCGCUUGAAUCUCAACGAUCUUAUAUCCAAUUCCCCGCUCCUAAAGGAGCCACAACCACCUGGAGGUGGUAGAAACACUGCCAAGCGAAAGUCCCGCUCACCAAAGAAGGCCUGGCUGAGCAGCGCCACCAACACCUCAUCAUCACCCCUCGCCACGUUGGCUGCUUUCUAUGACAAUAUUUCGGUGGCGGCACUGAUGGACUCUAGCCGGGAUUGCAGCGAUCGCUUGCAGUGGCAUCUGUCGGAGGACAUGGCCCACCUGCUGGUGGAGCAGGCUCUCCAAACCGGACUGGCGGCCAAGGAGUGUCCAUACAACCUGUUCGACAAGCCGGCACAAAGAGUGACAAUUUGCGAGUAUCUGGGCAACGGCAUUAUGCGUUCCGCCUCCGCCAAGGCGCUGGACUUUGAACCCAACUUACGCUCCAUUUGCCGCAGCGAAAGGGAGCGAGCCGGGCAGGAGCGGAAAUCCAGUAGAUUCUAUCAUUACCUGAGAAACCACACGGUGAAUGUGACGAGCUUUGCAAUGGAAUACUUUGACACUGCCUGCGGAGUGUUCCAAGCGAGCAACCAUAGUGAUCCGCCGGCGGAUGCCGAGGAGCCAAGGGAUUAGCAGUGGUCGGAGUUAGUUUAAUUUUUGUACGAUUAAUAUUUGGCGGAGUUGCUCCGCCGGAAUUGUUUGCAAUUUAUUCAGAUCGCGAGGUAAGCAGAGUUGAUCUUCUUAGGCUAGUUUUGUAUGGACACGAUGAGUAUGCGAGAGAUGAACCUACCCUAGUUACAAAUUAAUUACACUAAAUUAAUAACGACCUGAGCCUAUUAUGUUAAUAAAUCAAUUAUAGAACACAA